UCAGUGCCACCAGUGCCAAACUACAAGCUCUCCAUGUCGAUCCCAGAAUGGCUCCAGGCAAUACAGACCUACAUGAAGAUGCUGCAAUAUAAUCACACAGGAACACAGUUCUUCGAGAUCAGAAAAACCAGACCUCUAAGUGGGUUAAUGGAGACAGCAAAAGAAAUGACCAGGGAGUCCUUACCUAUCAAAUGCCUUGAAGCAGUUAUCCUGGGGAUAUACUUAACGAACGGGCAGCCCUCUGUGGAACGAUUCCCCAUCAGCUUUAAAACCCACUUCUCAGGGAACUAUUUUCAUCAUGUGGUGCUCGGGAUUUAUUGCAACGGCCGGUAUGGCUCACUGGGCAUGAGCAGACGAUCAGAUCUGAUGGACAAACCUCUAACUUACCGAACUCUGAGUGACCUCAUCUUUGAAUUUGAAGACUCCUAUAAAAAGUACUUGCAUUCAGUCAAAAAAGUAAAAAUUGGAUUGUACGUCCCACAUGAGCCGCACAGCUUUCAGCCCAUUGAGUGGAAACAGCUGGUCCUCAAUGUGUCCAAAAUGAUGCACACAGAAGUCAGGAAGGAGCUGGAGAAGUUUGCCAGGGAUAUGAGGAUGAAGAUUCUGAAACCAUCAAGUGCCCAUUCUCCGACGAAAGAGAGAUCACGGGGUAAGUCGUUGUCCCCUCGCCGAAGGCAAGCCAGCCCUCAGAGACGGGCAUGCAGGAGAGACAAAUCGCCUGCGGUGGUGGACAAGAAAGGAGACCUGGCUAAGCUCAACGAGGUAGGCUACCAGCUCCGCAUCUAACAAAGCCAUAUGCCAGACAGAGGGCUUCCUGGUGCUUCCCACUGCACUUUACCUGCACUCCGUUGGAAGGAAAAAGGAAUGGGACUAUUUAUUAACUUGUGGACUCUUACAAUAGAAGUUUUACCUCUGUAAAGUAGAAUGGGGGAAUUGUUUUUUUUGGUGGCAGUAUUUAUUCUCUUU